AUGAAAUCUAGUGUAUUUGCUGCUUUGGUGGUGGUGUGUGCGAUAAUUGUCGCUGGUGCUCAAGACACCAAUACUGGAGGACAAGCAGGUAGCGUCAUGACAGACACUACUGCUGCUGAUACUACUGCCCCUCCUAGUGACUUUCCAGUAACUACAGCUCCAGGAAUGACUGCUGCAGCAAAUGGAAUUGAUCCUGCUACUUUAGCCCCUCCUUCCAAUGUUGCUCCAGCAACGGAAGCCCCAGGUCCAGUAUGGGCAGCCAACCCUGCUCCAAUGACCGAUAGUCACAGUGGUAGCUUUGCCGAUACGGAUGAUGUCGAGUCUCCCGUAAUGAAAAAGCACAAAAAAGUUACAGACUCAUCCCAAUCAAACUCAAUGAAGAUCCCAUCGGAAACCUCAAGCGCUCCAAUACCGAUUGCUACCACUACUGCCUGGACCUUUGCGGGAUUGCUCGGACUUGUCACGAUGCUAUGA